UGGUUCUUCUCAUAUAUGCUUCCUUUUCUCUCUCUUUUCUAUACAUUGCAUUGUGUUGAGUUUCAGUUUUCUGAAGCAUGGAAAUAAUCACAAGCUUAGUAGCUGAAAAGCCUGUGGUGAUAUUCAGCAAGAGCACUUGUUGCUUGAGCCAUUCCAUGACAUCACUGAUACGUAACUUUGGGGCAAACCCUACUGUUCAUGAGCUGGAUGAGAUGGCGAAUGGCCAGCAGAUUGAAAGUGCAUUGCUUCAAAUGGGGUGCCAACCAAGUGUUCCUGCUGUGUUCAUAGGAAAACGAUUCAUUGGUGGCUCUAAGAAAAUCAUGAGCCUGCAUCUCAGCAAUGAACUCAUACCACUGCUCAAGAAUGCUGGUGCUAUAUGGAUUUGAUUUCACGAGACCAAAGUGCCCAAGAUCAAUGGUUAAUUACGUUUUAGAGCUGAAUAAAAUGGUUUUGUAGUCAUGAUUAUGUACGUGGUAAUUACGUUGCUUUACUCUAGUAUAUAUUAUAUACUAUCAGCCCUAAACGUUUACUUGUUUCCAUUUCUUAGCUUUUCUUGAUAUGAAUACGAACGAUGAAAAAUGAGUAAUAUAUAUGAUUACUUA